GCUGUCCUCUCUGUGCAGACGAAGGCAUUGAAUCUGGCGCAGAAGUAUCAUUCUUGAAUUUUUUCAGCAGGGAUCGUGAAGAAGAGGAACAUCUCUCCGUCUAUCUCUUGGAACUUGGUUCUGGAGCAUGGGAUUCAUUUCCUUCGCAGGGAGAGUUCUUUUAGCCUCCAUUUUUCUUCUUUCCGCCUACCUGGAGUUUAAUGAGUUCGGCAGUGAUGGUGGCCCAAAAGCUCAAGCCUUGAGGCCCAAAUAUAACGUUUUCAUAAGACAUGUUACCACCACUCUGGGCGUGGAAGUGCCUAAAGUUGAAAUCAAACAUAUUGUUGCUGCUAAUAUUGCACUGAAAGGAAUUGGAGGCCUUCUCUUUAUCCUCAAUAGUUCCCUUGGAGCUUCCUUGCUGAUUAUUCAAUUGGUGUUGACUGUUCCGAUAUUAUAUGAUUUUUACAACUAUGACAUAGAAAAGCCAGAAUUUGCGCAACUGUUUGUCGACUUCACGCGGAAUCUUGCUCUAUUUGGCGCAUUACUAUUUUACCUGGGAAUGAAGAACUCAACACCGAAAAGGCAAGGUAAGAAGAGAGCUCCCAAACCAAAAACACACUAAAGUGAAGAUAGUGGCAUUUAGUAUCAUCAUUGUCUGUUGUUCUGAUUAUUUUUGGUUUCAUGAUAUAGUUUAGUACAUGGUUUGUACAUGGAACUUGCUUUUUGUUCUAAAGGUGAACUGGGUAUUCUAUACUUGUAUUUUACUGGAUUCUUUUUCCAAGGAUGCAUUUCUGUAGACCCACCUCUAAGAAGGGCUGUAAUUCUAUAUGCCUCAUUUUGAUGUACAACGAGCCAUUGCAGGACAUCACAUGUUUGUAUGAUUAGUUUA